GUAUGAAAUAUCCUCAACAAGUAAGAUUUGUUAUAUCAGUUCCUGCUGAAUGGGGUCAUGACGCAAGAGCUGUCAUGAGAGAGUGUAUGUACAAUGCUGGUUAUUUGGAAGCCAGGCAAUCAGAUAAUUUAGAAUUCACUACAGAACCAGUGGUAAGAGGAUCAUUAGAAUACGGGCUUAAUAUGGGAGUAGUUCAAACUAGGGUUCUGAAAUUUUGUUAUGGAGUUGAAGUCAGUGCCAAAUGGGAAAAAAAUGAUCCACCAGAACGUAAAACUCCAACGGGACGUAUUUUCAGGUUUCAUAAAUUGGCUUUCCGUGGCACGGAAGUAUCGGUUGACCAAAAGUUUUCCUAUACAGCAGCGCCAGUAGCUACCAAUCAAAUAGACAUGACAUUUAAUAUUUUCAUUACAACCGAUAAUAAUGCAAGAUAUUGCGAUGAAGAUGGAAUGAGGAUGCUUGGUAAGAUGAAAAUCGAUUUACCAGAUCCACAAAAAGGCAAAAAUCGUUUAAUAGAGUUUAGUUUAACUUUCGGUACAAUGGAAGUUAAAGCAAUGGCCAUUAAUAAACGAACUGGCCAAAUUUAUGAAAGUAAUUUUGUCCUGGAAUUCUAA